AUGACGGCUCCAUUACGCAUCCUUAUAUCCGGCAGCGGCAUAGCUGGGCCCGCGACGGCAUUUUGGCUUUCGCGCCUUGGGCACAAAUGCACAGUUAUUGAACGGCAUCACGAGCUCCGUACAGGCGGCCAGCAAAUCGAUAUUCGCGGCAGCGGUCUGGAAGCUAUAUGUCGCAUGGGGCUUCUCGAUCAAGUGCGAAAACACACGGUCGACGAACAGGGUACGGAAUUCAUCGAUAUCACGGGGAACCGCAGGGCAUUUUUCCCCAAAAGCGGCCGCGACGAAAUGCAAAGCUUCUCUGGCGAGUACGAAAUCAUGCGUGGCGACCUAUGCCGGAUCAUAUUCGAAGCGACCAAGCAGUCAGUAACUUAUCGAUUCGGCCUCUCGAUAGAGGACUUCACGGAAAAGGGCAAGGCAGUCUCUGUAACGCUUUCGGACAGUAGCGUUGAGACGUAUGAUCUUAUUGUGGGAGCAGAUGGCUUUAGCUCCCGCAUUCGAAAAAAGAUGCUUGCCAACUUUGACCCUUCGAGAGAAGUAAAAAGUCUCCAGACAGCUUGUGCAUUUUACAGAGUGCAACGUCAGCCGCAAGACAGUGAUGUAUGCACAUUCUGCAUCUUGCCAGGAAAACGACUCCUCUCCGCAAGAUGGCAUUCGAAGGAAAGCGGUCAAGGCUACCUAGCCACAAUGUCACGCAUGGACGAGUUGAGAGCUUCGCUGAAAGACGACGUGGCCGUUCAGAAACACUUGCUCGCUCAAAUCUUCGCAGACUCUGGCGCAUUAGGCUCUCGUCUCGUCGAUGCCAUGAUGAAGGCAGAUGAUUUCUACAUGACCGAAGUCGCUCAGGUUACAGCGGCGAACUGGUCCAACGGCAACGCGGUUCUGGUCGGUGAUGCUGGAUAUUGUCCAUCGCCAUUCACAGGCAUGGGCACCAGUCUCGCCCUCGUAGGUGCAUACGUUCUCGCCGGGGAAAUUUCCAAGCAUCCAGGCGACCUCGCUGAGGCUUUAGCAUCGUACGACAGGACGCUGCGACCGUACGUGACCGAAAUACAAAAACUGCCGCCGGGCGUUCCAGGUAUUCUGUAUCCAAAGACUACUUGGGGCGUAAGAAUGAUCAACUUUUUGAUCGGUUCUGUGUCAGCUCUUAAGGGGGACAAAAUAUUCGGCCUGUUUGCUGCGACGUCGGAUAGUUCGAGAACAGGGUGGAAGAUGCCUGGUUAUCUAGCAAUGCAGAUAUAG